AUUAGAACAUCCAUACGUUCUUCUUGGAAACCCCGAAGUUUAAUUUUGUUCAGUGUACUAGCCGACAAUAUGAAGCAAAAGAUAACCAUUGAAGCGCAGAUUCGAUGCGGAAAAUGUCGGUCCCAGGCCAUGAAGAUAGCUGUUGCGGAAGAUGGUGUAAUAUCAGUGGCUUUCCAGGGACCAAACAGAGACAAAAUGGUGAUAACUGGAGAUGGAGUUGAUGCCGCGGACAUGGCCAAGUCGUUGAGGAAGAAGCUUGGCUAUGCAGACUUGGUGAGUGUGGAAGAAAUAACUGAAAAGAAAGCUGAGAAGAAAGUUUAACCUACACAGGAAAAGAAACCCGAAAAUGCCCAUGCAAGACCACAACCUUGUUCUCAACAUUGUUAGACUUUACUACCCAAGAUCUACCUAACGCAUCACUAAUGUGAAAUA